UGGAUCGCGUUUUGCAGAGACCUGGCUUGCGGGUCGCAGCAUGAAUCGCCACUUGGACUCGGUGCGGAGCUUCUUGGAGCAGCUGGAGGCCCGGGACCGCCGGGAAGGGGCAAUCCUCGCCCGUGAGUUCAGCGACAUCAAGGCCCGCUCAGUGGCCUGGAAGACUGAAGGCGUGUGCUCCACCAAGGCCGGCAGUCGGCUUGGGAACACGAGGAAGAACCGCUACAAAGAUGUGGUGCCGUAUGAUGAGACAAGAGUUAUCCUUUCCCUGCUCCGGGAGGAAGGCCAUGGAGAUUACAUCAAUGCCAACUUCAUCCGGGGCACAGAUGGAAGCCAGGCCUACAUAGCGACACAAGGACCUCUGCCUCACACUCUGGUGGACUUCUGGCGCCUGGUUUGGGAGUUUGGGGUCAAGGUGAUCCUGAUGGCUUGUCAAGAGACAGAAAACGGGCGGAAGAAGUGUGAACGCUACUGGGCCCGGGAACAGGAGCCACUGCAGACCGGGCCUUUCUGCAUCACCCUGAUGAAGGAAACCCCAGUGAACGCAGACGUCAUUCUCAGGACCCUCCAGGUGACAUUCCAGAAGGAAUCCCGCUCUGUGCACCAGCUACAGUAUGUGUCCUGGCCAGACCACGGAGUUCCCAGCAGUCCCGAUAACAUUCUCAUCACAGUGGAGGAGGCUCGUCGCCUCCAAGGAGUUGGACCUGGACCCCUCUGUGUCCACUGCAGUGCUGGCUGUGGACGAACGGGUGUCCUGUGUGCUGUGGAUUAUGCGAGGCAGCUACUGCUGACCCAGACAAUCCCACCCAACUUUAGCCUCUUCGAAGUGGUCCUUGAGAUGCGGAAACAGCGGCCUGCCGCGGUGCAGACAGAGGAGCAGUACAGGUUCCUGUACCACACAGUGGCCCAACUAUUCUCCAGGACUCUCCAGAACACCAGCCCCCACCUCAAGGAGAACUGUGCCCCCAUCUGCAAGGACACCUCUUCCCUCAGGACUUCCCCAGCCCUGCCUGCCGUAGCCCGCCCACCAGGUGGAGUCCUCAGGAGCAUCUCGGUGCCCGGGCCCCCGACCUUUCCCAUGGCCGACACUUACGCAGUGGUGCAGAAGCGUGGCGCUCCGGCGGGCACAGGGCUGGGGACGCGGGCGCCCAGCAGCACUGACACCCCGAUCUACAGCCAGGUGGCUCCACGUGUCCAGCGGCCCAAGGCACAAACGGAGGACGCCUCGGGGACGACGCCACUGGGCCGCGUUCCUGCAGAUCAAAACUCUCCUGGACCUGAUGCUUAUGAAGAAGUAACAGAGGGAGCGCAGACUGGUGGGCUAGGCUUCAACUUGCGCAUCGGAAGGCCCAAAGGGCCACGGGAUCCUCCAGCAGAGUGGACACGGGUGUGAGUGCCUGUCGCUCAGUGGUCGCUGGACUUCUGUAGCCUCCAUGCUGCUGCGCAUUGUGCUAUCUAUGGAUGGGACU